UAUCCUCAUUUUCGACACUGCGUGCAAAACAUAACGAUUCCAUUUCGAUGCACGCACGAAUUCCAAAACUCAAAUCUCUCCAUGCACCUAACACUGCGUGCACCGAAGGGCAAAGGCAACGAAUCCAUGGAUUCCAGUGGAAGUUGCCCAAUCUACUAAUUAAGGCGAUCCCUGCAAACACAUCACGUGAACUCUAAUCAAUCCAUCAAUCUUACCCUCACAAGCACACCUCCUCUCCAGUCCCCAGCCAAUCACGUAACUGUAGUCUCUCCAUUUGCUAAUUCGCGCGGCAAAACAGUCACCCGCAUCGAUUGAUCAGCGGCGGUGGUAUAAAGGGGCCGCGGGAAAGCCGCCCUGCGCUUUCUUUCCCUUUGCUCCUCUCCUUGCAAUGACGCUGCUCUCCGGCAAGAACUCCGUCGUUCUCGCCGCCGUCUUGCUCCUCCUCCACUACGCCUUCUCGCUGCUGCCGGCCUCGUCAGCGCUCGCCAUCGGGCUCGCACGGCGCCACCGGCGCGACGUCCUGCCGGGCCCCAAGGGCUGCGACAUCUUCAGCGGCAGCUGGGCCCGCGUCGACGGCGACGGCUCUGCACCGGCCUACACGGGUUACAAGUGCCCCGUCAUCGACCCGGAGUUCAACUGCCAGGUCUACGGCAGGCCGGACACCGAGUACCUCCGGUACCAGUGGAAGCCGGCCGGCUGCGAGAUACCCAGGUUCGACGGCGCCGACUUCCUGGCGCGGAUGAAGGGGAGGACGGUGAUGUUCGUGGGGGACUCGCUGGGCCGGAACCAGUGGGAGUCGCUCGUGUGCCUUCUGCACGCCGCCGCGCCGCAGUCGCCCGGGCAGCUCGUCUCGGCCGACCCUUUCUACACGUACAAGUUCCUGGAGUACGAGUUGGUGCUGUCUUUCCACCGCGCGCCGUACCUGGUGGACAUCGACGUGGUGCAGGGGAAACGGGUCCUGAUGCUCGACGACAUCGCCGAGAACGCGCAGGCGUGGCGCGGCGCCGACGUGCUCUCCUUCAACUCCGGCCACUGGUGGACGCACACCGGCGCACUCCAGGGGUGGGAUUACAUGGGGGUGGGCGGGCGAUACACGGAGGACAUGGACAGGAUGGCGGCGUUCCAGCGUGGGAUGACCACCUGGGCCAACUGGGUGGACCUCAAUGUAGAUCCAGCCAAGACCCGUGUCUUCUUCCAAUCCAUGUCGCCCACUCACUACAGCUCCAAGGAGUGGCCCAACCCGGUGUCCAAGAACUGCUACGGGGAGACGGCCCCAUUGAUGACAGGGCUCAACUCCACGGCGCAGCCGGCGUCCACGGGCCAGCAGCAGGUGAUACAAACGGUGCUGCAGGGCAUGAGAAGCCCGGUCCAUUUGCUCGACAUCACGGCGCUGUCGGCGCUGCGCAAGGACGCGCACCCGUCCGUGUACAGCGGCGACCUCUCGCCGCCGCAGCGCGCCAACCUUGCCGCCUCAGCCGACUGCAGCCACUGGUGCCUCCCCGGCCUCCCCGACACGUGGAACCAGCUCUUCUACACCCUGCUCUUCUACCAAUAGUACUAACUGCUGUUCGAUUGGCUUGCUGACGGGGUUGCAACUUGCAAGCAAAUUAAUUCCUUUCCUCUCUACUUUCAAGUCUGUGUAACUGUCUUUCGUGUGACACAGUGACCACAGGCAUACCCGGGACGGCGAUGUAUAUUCGUUGAUGAUCUUUGCAAUGCCAAAAUUGUAGCCCACACGUCAGCGAUGGGAUUUGUUGCUAAUAGGUGGAUUCAUUUGUGAUCAAUGUGGUUCUGGACUUCUGAUA